AUGGGGCAACGACUGGCGUUAUCCCUGGUCUGCGGCGUGUUUGUUCUCCAGGCUGUUGCCGCGGCAGACGGCUUUGAUGGCUCCUCCUACGCCAGGAACGUGUCGCUGGACACCAACGUGGACAUCUUUUGGACCGUAGAUCUCGAGGCCGAAAGCAUUCGUGUGGCCGUGCACGCGAAAGCUGCCACCGGCUGGGCGGGCGUGGGCAUCUCUGAGAUGGGGGGAAUGGAGGGCGCCGACAUUCAUUGUGUUUUACGAGACAGCUACUGGACCUUGCUGUCGGCGGAGGUAGGAAACGGGAGCCUUGUGUUCGAGGCGGAGAGAGCCCUCGACACGGGAGACGAUCAAGAUCGGGUCUUCUCGGAUGACAGCUUGGACGGAACUCAACCCACGAGAGUCCUCGUCGCGUGGGGCGAUUCGGAUACCGUGGGCUACCACGACGAAAACUUCGCCAAGGGGCAGGUCGUCAUGUUCGGCGGAUCGGAGAACGAUGAUGCCGCCGACCCGGUGGUCGACGUCAAGACUAGCGAGGACGUUCAGUUCUUCGAUGCGGCGCCGAAAAACUUCUCCAUCCCGACUGUGCGCACCUGGUACGAAGACACUUGUAUCACGGCCUCGGAACUACCAGACCUCGACGAGUACCACGUCAUCGCUUUCGAAGGCUUGCUCCAAGCCGACACGGCCGAGUACGUGCAUCACCUCGUCUUGACCGGGUUUUAUGGUGCAUCUGACUGCGGGCACGCCUGCAACGAGUGGCUGGACGAAAUCUUCGGGGGCGACGAUAGCUCCUCCUCCUCCUCCACCUCCUCCACCGUCGAAGAAGGAGGAGAAGGUGCUUCGUCCUCGAGCCCCUCUGGUUCCUCCUAUCCUUCGGACGACUCAUCGUCAGUGUCCUUCACCGAGUACUUCGAAAAUCUCAACAUCACCGUCCCCACCUUCUGCAGCAACUACGGCGAACAAGCGGACAUCUUCCUAUGGGCUCCGGGAACGAGCAACCUAGAGCUGCCCGAUGACGUCGGGUUCCUGUUCGGCAACGAAUCUGGCGGUUUCAACUCCCUGAAUAUUCAGACCCACUACAACAACCCGGACGGGGUGAGCGGCAAGAACGACAGCUCCGGCGUGCGCGUGUACUACACCGAGGAGCUGCGGCCGAUCCAGAUGGGCUUGAUGAAGCUCGGAGAUCCGUUCGUCGCCCUAUAUGACCAACCCUUGCCGGAGGGCAAGUCCAGCUUCUCGUUUGGUUGCCCGGGUAGCUGCUCCGAGACAAAUUUCGAGGAAGAGGAGGUUACUGUCUUCAUCCACAUGUUGCACAUGCACGAGAACGGCCAGCGGAUGGUGACACGGCAGUAUCGCAACGACAGCGAUGGCAACGAGGUCCUGAUCCACACGGCCGAAGUCGAGUACUACUCCGUCCUGCAGGCCGGCGGACACCUCGUUACCAACAACGAAACCAUCACCAUCAGAAAAGGGGACAGGUUCACGACGGAGUGCAUGUACGACACGUCUCUCUCUUCGGUAUCCUCGGCCAACGUCACGUUCGGCCUGGGGUCGGAACAAGAAAUGUGCAUCGACUUCGUCUUCUAUUAUCCUGAUCAGAGAAUGCCCGACACCGGAGCAUGCGGGGUCGGUGCGUGCGAUGGCGGCGUUCUGGGCUAUUCACAGCUGGAAGCCGACUCGGACUUCAACCGCACGUUCGGGAUAGUGGACACGUGCACCUCGAGCUUCACCGGGGAUGAGGAGGGAAACGAAUCCAGCUCCUCGUCACGUGCCGCCCAGCCCCUGCUUGGACUCCUGUGGGCAGUUUUCAUCAUCAUCGCGACGCCCGCGCUUGAUACCAUAGUCAUGGUGUAA